CUACCGUUGUACCUUUAACGACCGUUUGAGGGAAGACGUCUGUCAAAGGUAAUGCUUUAUAUGGUCCACGUUGAUUCUGUCAGAGUUGUGAUCAGGCUAUAAGUUCACCUCGGAAUAAAAGACUGAAAUGUUGACAAUAUGAUACUUAACAUUUCACUGGCUAUUCUCCUAAUUCAACUUCAAGAAGUGGUCUGCCAAUGUGGAUACAAGGCUUGUGAGAAAACUAAAGAUAAUCCUGUACUCAAUAUUCAUCUUGUGCCCCACACACAUGAUGAUGUGGGUUGGCUGAAAACAGUGGAUCAGUAUUACUAUGGAGCGAAUAACUCCAUCCAACAUGCGUCAAUACAGAGCAUACUUGAUACAAUCAUGUUAUCACUCAAAAGGAAUCCAAAUAGAAAAUUAGCAUAUGCCGAAAUGGCAUUCUUUAAUCGUUGGUGGAAGGAGCAGAAAGAGAGUGUACAAGAGCAAGUUAGGAAUUUAGUGAUAAAAGGACAACUUCAGUUUGCUGGUGGAGGAUGGUCACAGAAUGAUGAGGCAGCCACUCAUUAUACAGCUAUUAUUGAUAACAUGGCAUAUGGAAUGAAAUUUUUAAAAGAUACAUUUGGAGAUUGUUCACGUCCAUUAGUUGCGUGGCAGAUUGAUGUGUUCGGUCAUUCUAAAGAACAAGCAGCUUUAUUUGCUAUGAUGGGUUUUGAUGGUGUGUUUUUUGCCAGAAUAGAUGCAGCUGAUAGAUUACUGCGUAAAGCAGACAAAAGACUGGAAGGAAUGUGGCAUGCCAGUCAAAGUUUGUCAUCUGCCGCUGAUUUAUUUUAUGGUGCUUUCUAUGAUCAUUAUUCACCACCUGAUGGUUUUUGUUUUGAUAUUUUCUGUGAUGAUCAACCAAUUCAGGAUGAUCAAGACUUACUUGAUUACAAUGUUGAUGAAAGGGUUGAUACAUUUGUCAAGUUAAUGAAAGAAGAGGCUAAAUCUUUCCAAACCAACCACAUCAUGUUAACUAUGGGAAAUGAUUUCAAUUAUGAAAAUGCGAAUGAAUGGUUUAAAAACAUGGAUAAAUUGCUGAAGUAUGUGAAUAUGAAGGAAAAUGAAACAAACGUACACGUGUUGUACUCAUCUCCUGCAUGUUAUUUGUAUGCAUUGAAUCAAGCUGAUGUCACAUGGAGUAGUAAGACAGAUGAUUUUUUCCCGUAUGGCAGUCCGUUCAAUUAUUGGACUGGAUUCUAUACUAGUAGACCUGCUCUGAAAGGAUACAUACGAAUAGCUAAUAAAGUCUUACAGACUUGUAAACAAAUCAAGGCAGUAUCUGGUGUGGGUGCAGAUCCUGUUGCUCUUAAAGACGCCAUUGGAAUUGUACAGCAUCAUGAUGCAGUCACCGGCACUGAAAAACAACACGUGGCCAAUGAUUACGCUAAACGACUUGCUAUAGGAAUUGACGAAGGCCAGAAAAUAGAAAAUGAUGGUAUUGCUCAGUUGAUUAAAAUAAACGCAAGUCAGCCAUCACUACAGUUUGAAUUCUGUAACAAUCUGAACAUAAGUAUAUGCCACGUGACGGAAACUCUAAAGAUGUUUACAGUGACUGCAUACAAUCCUCUAGCAUAUCAAGUUUUAAAAUAUAUCAGACUACCUGUCAAUGGGAUGCAUUAUUCUAUCAAAGAUCCAGAUGACAACACUGUCAAGUAUCAGGUGGUUGAGGUUACCAAGGCAACACAACAUGUUCGAAAGCAAAGAGGAAAUGCAAGCCAUGAAUUAAUAUUCCCAGUUAAUAUUCCUGCUGUUGGGUUCAGUACAUAUACAGUAACUAUGGACACGGUUAAAAACAAAUAUCGUAAUUUGCAGACAAGAGCAGUGCAUGCUGGGAUAGAUGACACUACAAUAAGCAAUAAUCAUCUCAGUUUGACGUUUGACGGCAAGACAGGUUUACUGAAAUCAAUCAAGAAUAUGGACGAUGACAUCAUGUUACCAGUCAGGCAAAUGUUUUACUGGUACAGUAGCAGUACUGGUGAUAUCAUAUCUGAUUCUUCAUCUUCCCCAUACAUCUUCAGACCCAAUGGUACAAAACCAUUCCCGGUAUUUGAUACUACCGUCAAUCUGAAAGUAUUUAAGUUGUUACAGAGUAACUUGUUUGAAGAGGUUCAACAAGAAUUUGGGCCGGGAUUGAGUCAAGUAAUUAGGCUGUAUAAAGGUCAACAGCAUGCCGAAUUUGAAUAUACAGUGGGACCUAUACCUUUUAAGGAUGGCCUUGGCAAGGAAAUUAUCAGUCGAUUUGACACUUCUUUGAAAAAUGAUGGUAUUUUUUAUACGGAUUCUAAUGGUAGGCAAAUAAUGAAAAGAAGACGAAAUCAUCGUGAUACUUUUCCAUAUAUCAAUACCGAUCCAGUGGCUGGCAAUUAUUAUCCAAUCAACACCAAGAUAUUUAUCAAGGAUAACAAUACACAGUUGACUGUUGUCACAGAUAGAUCACAUGGUGGCAGUAGCAUACAGGAUGGAUCUCUAGAAAUCAUGGUUCACAGAAGACUGUUGUACUAUGAUGGAGGUGAAGUGGAAGCCUUGAAUGAAACUGGUCAGUUUGGUGAUGGCCUGAUAAUAAGAGGUGAUUUAUUGGUGACAUUGAAUCCGAUGCAGAUUAAAACAUUUCAAGUUCAAAUAAAGAGGAAAUAA